AUGAAAAUUUCUGGAUUUUAAUUCUUACAUUCUAAAGCAGAAACAGCUAAAGUAAUUGGUGUAGAUUUUACCAUAAUGCCUGAAGAAGAGAUAGAUGCUUGGACAAAUGCUGAAAUAUAUAAAUACGAAUCUUUUUAACGAGAAUAAGAGAGUGGAAUAAAUGAUCCAAGAAUGGGUGUUUAAUUAUUUAAGGAAAAAUGUAAAACCUGUUCGCAAAAUAAUGAAUGUCCAGGCCAUUUUGGUCGUAUAAAAUUAGAAAGAAAAAUAUAUCAUAUAAACUUUAUUACUACAAUUAAAUAAAUAUUACUUUGCAUAUGUCAUAAAUGUGGAACUUUGAGAAAACCAUCAAUAAAGGAAGAUGAGAAUGGAAACCCUAGAAAUGAUGGUGAAGUAUCAAAGAAAGUUAAAUAUUAACAAAUUCUUCAAAUUCCUAAUUCAAAAAAAAGACUUAGCGAACUUUAUAAAAUGUUAGGAAAAGUUAAUUAAUGUUCAUCUAUUGGAUGCUUAGAGAAAUUAUAUACUAAAAUUACUAUUGAAAAGUAUCUAGAAUUAUGGUUAUGGAAAAAAUCUGAUUAAUCUAAAUCAAGUAUAGAAUCUUAAAAGACAUAAUGGUCUGCAGAAGAGACAUACAAUAUACUUAAAAAAAUACCUAAAUAAACAGCUAUAGAUCUUUUACAUAAUAAAGAAAACAAAAAAUUUAAAAGCGAAUAUUUUUUACAUCCAAAAGACUUAAUAUUAAGCCGAAUUUUCGUCCCUCCUCCAUAAGUUCGCCCUUUUAUCGAAUUAUAAAGUACAUUCGUUUGCUAAGAUGAAAUGACUAAAUGUUAUUAGAAAAUAGUAAAAUUAAAUCAAGAAAUUAAAUAAGGAAAUGUUAACGAAAAAGAACAUGUUGAACUCAUAUAAAACAUAGUCGCAAGAAUGAUUGAUAACUAAAAACCGAAACUGCCCAGUUUAAAAAUAAAAACAAAAACUAUCAAAUCUUUUUCUUAAAGACUUUCUGGCAAAGAAGGAAGAUUUCGAUAAAACCUAAUGGGAAAAAGAGUAGAUUUUUCAGCGAGAACAGUUAUUUCUCCUGAUGCAAAUUUAGCUUUGGAUGAGUUAGGAGUUCCUCGUAGUAUAGCAGAUACUCUUACAGUUCCAGAAAUAGUAAACUAACAGAAUAUAAACAUGAUAAAACAACUAUGGAAUGACGGAAAGAUAAAAUAUGUAAUGAAGCCAAAUAAAAUAAAAUAAAUAUAUGAAGGAUUUGAUGCUAUAAUAUCAAAUUCAGCCCGAAACAUAAUUGAGGAACACAUAAAUGAUGGUGUAAUAAUUGAAAGGACCCUCUAAGACGGCGAUUUUGUCCUUUUUAAUCGAUAACCUACCCUUCAUAAAAUGUCUAUGAUGGGCCACAAAGUAAAGAUAUUACCAUGGAGUACUUUCAGAUUGAAUUUAUCUGUUUGCACGCCUUAUAAUGCUGAUUUUGAUGGAGAUGAAAUGAAUUUGCAUGUUCCUUAAAGCUAUGAGACUAGGGCUGAAAUAAAGCAUGUUUGUCACGUCCCUAGACAGAUAAUUACUCCUAAGUCUAAUAAGCCAGUAAUGGGACUUGUAUAAGAUUCCCUUUUGGGAAUUUCUUUGUUUACUUUAAGAGAUUGUUUUGUUAAAAGGAAAAAUUUGUUUAACUUAAUUAUGUGGAUAGAUAACUGGGAAGGAGAAAUCCCGAUGCCAGCUAUUUUAAAGCCAGAAAAAUUGUGGUCGGGAAAAUAAGUUAUUUCUAUGCUUAUUCCUAAUAGAAUUUCUAUGAUGAAAAUAGGAGGAAAAAAUAGUGAUGAUGAAAGAUGGUUUUCUAUUAAAGAUGAUUCUAUUUAUAUCUAUAAAGGAGAAUUGUUAUAAGGAUAUAUGACAAAAGCUAUUGUAGGAGAUUCACCCGGAGGAUUAGUUCAUUUAAUUUGGUUAGAUAUAGGCACUUAAGCUACAUGUGAUUUCAUUACACGUUCUUAGAGGAUUAUCAAUAACUGGCUAAUAAUGUAAGGGCAUACAAUAAGCUGCUAAGAUAUAGUUCCUAGUGAAAUUUGCCAAAAAGAAAUGGAAAAAAUAAAAGGUCAAGCUUUUAUAGCGUUUGAAAAUGCUUUAAAUGAUUUUUAAGAUGCAAAAAAAAUCGAAGAUAUGGGUUUACAUAAAAGCGGGAAAAGAAUAUUUGAUUCAUUUGAGGUAUAUAUAAAUUCCAUUUUAAAUAAACUAAGAGGUAUAGCUGAAAAAAAAUGCAGAGAAACAACCAAUUUCAGACUUAAUUAAUUUAAUAAAAUGGUUUGGGCAGGUUCGAAAGGAAAACCAACUAAUUUGGCAUAAGUAAUGGGCUUUGUAGGUUAGUAAAAUAUCGAAGGGGCGAGAAUUGGGAACGGGUUUAUUAGAAGAACACUACCUCACUUUACUAAAGAUGACAAUGGAAUACUUGCAAGAGGAUUUAUUACUUCUAAUUUUUUUUAAGGUUUGAGGCCUUUUGAAUUUUUCUUUCAUAUGAUGGGAGGAAGAGAAGGGUUAUCCGAUACAGCAGUUAAAACCUCAAGAACAGGAUAUAUUUAAAGGAAAUUAAUUAAAGCAUUAGAAGAUGUUAUUGUCAAAUAUGAUGGUACUGUAAGGGAUAGUAAUGGUACUAUUAUUUAAACUUCUUAUGGAGAAGAUGGUCUGGCAGGAGAAUUUAUAGAAAGUCAAAGAAUCACAGAAGUGGAAUUAUCUAAUGAAGUUUUUGAAAAAGAAUUUAGGUUUUUAAAAGAUUUAGAUAACUAAAAAAUAGUCGUUAGGCAUAAAAUUUCGCCUGAAAAAUUCGAAUAAAUUCUCCAAGAAGUUGAAUUUAAAUAUAAGCAAGCUAUUUCUCAUCCAGGGGAAGCAAUAGGAGCGAUUGCAGCUCAAUCUAUAGGAGAACCAACAACAUAAAUGACCCUAAACACAUUCCAUUUUGCAGGAGUUUCAGAUAGAAAUGUUACUUUAGGAGUUCCAAGAUUAUAAGAAAUUCUUGACGCGAGCAAAAAAAUGAAGACCCCUGAAUGCCGUAUUUAUUUUGAGGAAAAUUUACAAAGUAUAGAGGCUAAAUAAAUAAUGAGAUAACAAAUAGAAUACCAAGAAGUCCAAAAAUACAUCCUUUAAACCACCAUAUUAUACUACAAAUAAGACGAAGAUAAUAUAUUUGAUGAAGAUGAAGAAGAAGAGGAAGAAGAUGAUGAAAAUUAAAUAAAUCAAAAAGAAUAUAAAAAAUUAGAGUCUUGGAAGUUAAUUUUUAAAUUAGAUAAGAGAAAUCCUUAUAUUUCCUUGCUAGAAGUGGAAAAAAGUUUAACAAAUCUAUAUAUUUCUGGUAUUAAGAAAAUUGACAAAGUUUAUCCUACAGAAAAAGAAAAUUAACAUAAUUUUGAUUCUAAAAAUGGAAAAUAAAUAAAAGAUAAAGAAAUUAUAUUCAUCACUAGUGGUUCUAAUUUAAAAUAAAUUCUUAAAAUUCCUGGAAUCAAUCCUUUCUUAACUUACACUAAUAACCUUUAAGAAAUUUCAGAAUCUUUAGGUAUAGAAGCAGCCAGAAGAUCAAUCAUAAACGAACUUAGAGAAGUCAUUGAGCCUUACGAUUUAUAUAUAAACUACAGACAUUUGUCUAUUUUGGCAGAUUGGAUGACUUUAAGAGGGAGGAUAACUCCAAUAAAUAGAAUGGGUAUAAAUAAAAUAGUAAAUCUAUCAUGUCUAAGGAAAGCUUCUUUUGAAGAAACUGUAGAUAUAUUGAAUAACGCGGCAAUUUUUUGCCAAAAAGAUAAACUCGCAGGAAUUACAGAAAAUAUUAUUUUUGGAUAAUAUUGCGAUCUAGGAACUGGGUGUUUUGAUUUGUUAAUAGAUUAACAAAAAGUAGUCGAUUUUAAAACCAAAAGAGAUAUUAAUUAUUUCCCCUUUUAUGAAGAUGAGAAUCAUUCUCCUAAUGCUAAAACGCCAAUUUAGUAUUUAAACACGCCAGUUUAUCCUUUUACACCUGGAAAUGCUGUUCUUACUCCAGGUUAUGCUUUUAGUGUACAUUAAAAUAUGGGUUCUUUUACACCUUCGUCCCCUCAUUAAAACAUUGGAUAUUCACCAUUUAUAAAUUCAAAUACUCCUAUGUAUCCAAAUGCAAUAAAAUCUAACAAUUAACCCCUUUAUGCAAAUUCUAGUUUUUAUAGUACUGAAGAAAAAAAUUUAUCUCCUAUUAUUUCUCCAAAUUAUAGUAAAUCUAUUAUAAGCCCAAACAAUUCUUUUGCUUUAAAUUCUUCCAGAAGUAUUGGAUAUAGUCCUUAUGAACUUUAAGAUGGUUAUAAAAGAACUCCUUCAAUAUUCAAUUCACCAACAUAUUAAUCCUAACAAGAUAUAAGUUAUCUAUAAAAAAUAUCUCCAUAAUAUGAUAUUAACUUCUAACUUAAAACAAAUACUUACAUAAAGUAAGAAAUAACCUAAAUCUAAGAAGAAGAUGAUGAUAGUGAAUUUGAAAGCGAUAGUGACGAAAAUUGA